CCAAACCAAACCAAACUCAGCGAAUAAUCCACGCGGGCCGCGCUCGGCGCUCGAUUAACGCAGCCUGCGCGAGCCCGGGACCCGGAUGCUCGGGCAGUAGCCAGCGGCAGCAGGCAGGAGUAGGAGGAGGACGAAGCAGAGGGGAGACGCAGGCCGCGUGUACCGUCUCUUACACCCCCUGCCACCCCGUCCGUCAGUGCCCUCCUCGCCUCUCAAGUGCAACAAGCCUCAGUCGGCUCGGUCAGCGCGACCAUAGCUCGUCCUCCUCCCACCCCAACCCACCCCGUAACGCGAAGAGGCGGAGCGGCGGCCGCACCGACUCAUGGCCGCGCUGGGCCGCCCGAGGAGGUGAUACCGCGGACCCGCGGGCAGAGCAACGAGCCCGGGCCCAGCGAUGAAGGUGCGAGCGCUGCAGCGGGAGAGCGCCUACCGCUGGUUUGGCGAGUUGGAUCCCGCUGGCCGCCUCGAAUUCCUGUGCGGCCUCCUGGACCUCCUGAACCCGUUGGAGCUGCGCUUCGCCGCCGCCUGCCUGGAGGAGCUCGCUCGCAAGGACCAGCACUCGCUCCGAGACGCCGAGCUCAGGGCCAACAGUGCCGCCGAGCUGCUCAACGGGGCGGCCCCCGGCGCGGGCCCUGGCGAGGCGACGGCCGCGCGAUCUGAUCUCGGGGACGCGGCGGUGCGAGGCCGCCUGCUCGUGUCCCUCGCGCUGCUGCGCUCCGAUAACAGGGAGGCGGCCAACGCGCUCUACAGGACGCUGGGACCCCCCAGGGACCCCCGCGGGAAUGGGGCUGCCCAAGCGGGCCAGGCGGGCCAAGCGGGCCAGGUUGGCGUUGAGGCCCAGGGCCUCCCGCAGACGCGGCGGGGCGCGGCCACCGGGCUCGCGAUGCUCCUGCCGUUUCGGGCCGCGCUGGCCUCCGGAGAGGCAGGCGCCAGGGCCGGCCAGGAGCUGGUGCUGUUGUACACCAUGGCCUCUAACCACCCGGCCUUCGCCUUCCACCACAAGCAGGCUUUCAGGCUCACGCUGCGAGAGCUGAGGAGGGCGCUGCGCCAGGCGAGGCGGGGAGACAGGGAGGUGCGUGGCCGCCCCAGGUUUUGGUGCCCCAAGAAUUCUAGGAAGUCGGAUCCUGAUGGCGAAGGCGUUGGCGUGGACAGAGAGGACCACUCGUCCGAUGGGGGCCCCGAAGGCCUGGAGCGGCUGCUCUAUAAAGGUAGCCGAGGUCGCUGUCCGGUGGCCAGUGGGGUGGGGCAUCUAGGGAGAGUGGAGGAAGAUUUCUCUGACCUUUCCAGCCAGGAGCAGGACGAAGCCAACACUUCGGUGUCAGGUGUUCAACAGGGACCAGAACUGCCAUCAUUUACUCCAUUCCGGCUUGCGAACAACAAGGAGUGUGUGCUGAGCCCUGCACCCGGCCAACUGACGCUGCCUCCCUGCAAAAACCAUUCGCUGCAACCCGCAGAGCCCUUUACGACUUCGGUGCACAAAACAGUACCCUCGGCCUAUGUCACACACUCAACCGUUUCCUUCAUGCACAGCGCCAAAGGAGGCACUGCGGCCUUGAAGCACGUGCCGAUAACAAACGUGCACUGUGCGGGCCUCGUUCACCCUGCCACGCCCUCUGCGUACUCCUUCCCAAGAGCGCCGUCCGUUCAGAGCACGGCUCACACAGGGCUUUCCGUCGAGUGCCUUUCAAUCGCGGCCACCAGCCCCGCUAGUUCCCCCGCGUCCUUGGCGCACCCAACCCUGUCCGUCGGUAACUCCGUGCCAGUGAUGUCGUGCGUCCUCUCUCCUCAAGCCGCGUCACCCUCACCGCACGCGACCCACUCGCUGUUCUUGCACCGCUAUCCGCCCCCGUCCUCGCAGCACCUGCAUCCCGUGGCCUUGCCCGGUCAGCCACGAUCGCCUCGCGAUGACCUUCCCAACCACGAUGUGGCGGCCCACCCCUUGCGGACCACCACGUCGUCACCGGUGUGCACGGGUAAUUCUACGGUGGCGACGGCUAUGACCGCCGACUGGCCGCUGCAAAGAACGGGCUCUCCGCACUCCCCAUUGCCACAGCGCCAGCAACCGGUGCAGUUGCCGGUGGCAGUGUGGCACGGUUCGGAGUCUCCUGCGCACGCCCUGCGCUUGCUGCCUCACGCGGUCAGCCCGGCUCCGCCGGAUCGUUCUGUUGACGCCGAGCUGUCGAAUCAAGCACUGGCAGUGCAGGCGUUGAACCUGCACACGUGGCUCAAGCAGAUACACCUGCACAAGUCGUACCCGGCGUUGCGUCACCUCUCGCUCAGCCAGGUGCUGAAUCUCAGCGCUGAGGAUGUGGAGAGGAUGGACAGUUUGACCAUCCGGGCGCGAAACAAACUCAUUCACUACAUACAGAGGGAGAGGGAAGAAAUAGAGGCACGGACUCACGCACCUCAGGAAGCCGUUUCCCAGGGAGACUCGGCUCCGCUGGAGGGCAGAGACUUUGCUUCUGAUUCCAGCUGCGCUGUGGAAGAAAAUGAGGCUGUCAGAAGGGACAUGUCCUGGCAAGUGACGACCCAAGUGCUGCCUACACAGACGCACUUCCAUCCGGUUUCCAUAGCGAUGCCCUUCAGCCCCACGGUACCGCCUACAUUCUCGGCGGCGUCGCUCUAUGGCACGAUGGGCGUCCACCCGAUGCCCAUGGUCCAGGCGUAUGACCCGUCCUUGACGUCCUACUCGGGCCCUGCAGGCGUCUCCUACAGCUUGAAGCCCUCCGAAGCCAUUCCGGUCGCCGCCCAUUUCACCGCGUCUCCGAAUAUGUCCAUUGCUACCACCAACCACAUGGGAUCUGCGACACCAUACAAUGUCGCGUAUUACAACUCUGUGCAUCAUCCUGUGCCGGUGAACCACCUCACGUCUAACUCUCCGUCGGUCAUGGCGUCUAUGCAUCAGCCCGUUGGGGUAGCAACGGCGUUCUCCCCCCUCCACGCUCCCAUUGUGUUGCCGUACAACCCCACGGCCGCGUCAGUGCCUUUUUGCCAUGCGUCCGUCAGCGGCAUUCCCGUGGGCACCGUCGCUUCUGCCUGCUCGGCCCCAUCAAGCCCCACGCCGCCCCUCCACGGUCCCCGGCUGGAGACGAGGUCAGGGCCAUCCCUGGUCAAAAACCGUCCUGGUCCGUCGGGAAAAACGUCGCAUGGGAACGCAAAGGGUGCGAUAAAACUGGAUGUUGUGGUCGCUCCCGACGGCCUACUUGCAGAGGUCACGCCGACAUCAUCAAGUUUCAGGAUGGGCAGCACCAACAUGUCCACUCCGAUGUAUGCGACGUCUUCGGCUGUGGCGACCUCGCCGUACAUUUUCACGGCGUCCAAAGUGAAAAGCUGCUCCGUGACCGAUUCCGCCGCUCACCCGUCAUGUUCUCCCUUGCACAGCUGCCAUUCCGCCUCGGCACACAGGGAGCCAAGCUGCGCGCCGUCCCCUGUGGUGACCAGCUCUCGAGCACCGGCGCACGGCCCUAGCAGAGUGCGAUCGAGGAGACCCGCGACUUUUUCGGAGGGAUCCUCCCAAACCCACGCUGACCAUCAGUGCAACUCGUUAGAUGGUAACUCUGCACCCUCCAGUAUCAAACCACCGGUGUCAAGCUCUCAGAGCCAGUUCUUGAUUGGCAUCAACUCUUCCCACGUUAUUCAGCUGAACACACAACCUACGCCAUAUGUUAGCAACGAUAGGAUGGCUGUCGCUCCGACUUCUGCGUUGAAUUGCCACGUUUCCGGUGCCACGAGCGCAAACACGCAUCUGGGCUCGAAUCCGACAACCGUCACUACGCGCAGCACCUGCAGCCCCGGCUCGUCUGGUGGCCGGAUGGAGAAGAGGGGGCCAGGUGCGCACGAGCAUCACAAGGGCAGCGACGACACGUCAGUCUGUGGCACACACAAAGCACCGCUAGAAAGGAGCGCGAGCGCCGCUUACGAGUCGUGGGAAAGGGCUUUCGAUGGAGAUGGGCGGGCGCUGUCACUGGAGCUGAGCGAUGGAAACGACAGUGCCACCAACAAUCCCGGCGAGGGCAGAGUCUAUGACCGUGGGGCGGGAGCGGGCACCGGCGAGGACGUCGACGACAUUGAGGAGGCCGCACAGUACGAUGUUGUGAAACCCGAAUGCUACGAAUCCGGCGGUGGCGUCGCUUUUGUAACCGACGAGAGUGCGGCGUACGGCCCGGAGGAGAGCGCAUGCUACGAGAUCGGCGAGGACGUCGAAUGCGGUGCUGACCUGCCGUCUCUCGCUGCCCGCUCGCUCUCGGGCUGCGGGAUGUGCGGCUGUAACGGUAGCUGCAGCGGCAGCACUUCCAGCGCCGAGGCCGGCGAGCCACCGCUGCCGCCCUCCGUUGCGUCGACAGCUUUCGGUUACCCCAACUACUACCAGAACACCAUGCCACCCGGCAACACUUACGCGUUUCAGCACUACACGCUGUCCCUAGGCGUGUCCGGGAGCUACCUGGCGCCACCGCGGUACGGUCUGCAGUACCCGUACUACCACCCGUCGCCUGCCGGGUCCCAGCACCAGUCCAUGCAGGCGUACGGCACCAUGGUGCCGCCGCCGCCGCGGGAGAUGGUGGGCGACGGGCAGCAGACGGGCGCGGUGUUCGUGGCAGGGGGUGUGGGACCCCGACACCCGGCCGCACUGCCGCCACUGCAACAUCGCAAGCCGCCCAUCCCGUCGUGCUUCAACUGCGGCGUGAGCGGCCACCAGGCCCCCGAGUGCACUCAGCCAAGCAUGGAUUCCAACCAGCCUGCGACGUUCAGGUUUCGUUACUCCACUCACGCAGACGGCCUGGAUACAGUGGAUUGACGGACGGAGUGGGGGCCCGCGGAUUGAUGAACCCCUCGCGCCUCUCCCCCGCCACCCUGCUCACCAACUUGCCUUGACGUGGUUUGCCCACUUUCCCAAAAGUGGCCACUACCUGACCGACAUGCGCACAGAAAGAAAGUGGUCGUUUUACCGUGCGACUUGCAUGCCUCCCGGGGGGCGCUUUGAUUGCCAGGUAUGCUUUAUGUAAAUAAGUAAAAAAGUUAAAAUUGAAAUGAGAGCAUAUGAAACUGCCGACUUUUUUUAAUUGGUGCAUAGUCCAUCACUGCAAGCAAUACUACUUGAGGCAUCCUUAGAAUUUAGCAGGAACAAAAAUUGUUUAUUUUAUUUUCUGCAUUUACAAACAAAUUUUGUUUAAGCCUACUGAUGCAAAUUGCACUCUAAAUUAAGAAUCAACAAUCGACAGGGGGGUGAGGUUAAAAGUUAUGUUCUUAAAAAUUGCAUUCUCAGCGUCGAUCAAAUGCCCUCAUAUCCCUGCUAUCGGGCAGCGCUUAUACAGGCCCUCAGAGGAAACACUGUUUGUGUAAACCAAGGCUGCCUGACCACGGUCCAUUCAGGAAAAAUAAAUAUAGCUGGCGUAUACUUCAGUCCAGCCUGUCUACAGCAUUGAAGUUGGGUUUUUCAUCCAGGCUUUGACACUUCCAACAUGCAGCUUUCUGAACGUUAUUGUUCUUUUUCCUGUGUUUUGUUUUGCAUCCUACUUACCUGUUAAGUGGGGUGGAGAGCAAGUGUUGAUUUUAAGUUACAUUUCCAUUGUGUUAUAAGGCCAGUUUACAUACCACAUUUUUUUUUCAGCUGAACUCUCGAGGCUUUUUAUUCCGUGGGUAUUUUGGGUUUAGCUUGAAGCGGGGACGACUGUUAAGUGUGUAUCCGGUGGGGGGAGAAGUGUUCACAUUUACAAAUCUCGAUGCAGGUUCUGAUACAGAAUGAGACGAUCGCCGUCGUUAGCAGAUUAAUGCAGCUGUGCGAAUUGCGUCGGCGCAGGAGGUAGAGGCCACGCUAUUGGCAGUAGAGUAGACAUUGUUUAAAUUAAACGUCAUAUUUGAUUUGCGCAUGCUUAUUUUAAUCGUUGGUAUUUCAUUGCAGCUGUGUUGUGUAAUGUAGCUCGCAGGGAGCGUGCGAGCAUAGGACAGGCCUCCAGAUCCCAAAACGACCUCAAGCUUCGCGCUGUUUUAACAGCAGCGCUGUGGGCACACGGCGCCAAUGCAAAUACGGCUGCUGCAUACACAUGCGGACAACCAGGCGCAAGUCUCGCUGCAAGCGAUUCCACCAUGACAUCUCAGCGUUUGCAGACGUAAUCUGUUAAAAUCAAAACGAGUUUGAGUGCUUAAACUAUAAUAUGCUCGUAAUUUUAGUCUAUUCUCUCAGCUGCUGGAAACAUUUGGGUCAUACAUUAACGUUUCUAUUUUUUAUUUAGAGCUUGUAAUUCAUUAUGCUUUAGGCAAUAUAUAGCUUCUCAUACAGAAUAAAUUUGUACAUGUCUGAAAAGACAUUUAAUUAAUUGUUCUAAAGCCAAAACAAUCUUAACUUAGAAUUUUGAAGCCUGAAUACAUACAGUGAGGGAAAAAGUAUUUGAUCCCCUGCUGAUUUUGUACGUUUGCCCACUGA